CGGUCUGUCUGUCGUCCACCCUUCCCCCACGCCAUGUCGUUCCACUCCACCUGGAGCGACGCUACCUCGGCCUAUGCCGAAGGCGAGUACGCCGAGGCGCUGCAUCUCUUCCAGAACGUCCAUGAGCCCAAAAACAAGUUCCUGCUCUUCAACAUGGGCGUCGUCGAGCUCAAGCUGCAGCACUACGACGCCUCGAUCAACUAUUUCACCCGUGCCUUGGCCAUCGAUCCCAUGCUGGCCGUGGCUCGCUUUAUGCUCGGCGAAGCUUACUUCCGCCAAGCCUACUAUUCCUACGCCGAGGAGGGAUUCUCCCGCAUCCUGAUGGAUAUGAAGGACAAGGAAUAUGUUCCCUACGCCGACUACGGGAUGAACUGGAAUCUCUAUCGAUGCGAGGUCCACUUCAACCGGGCUGUCUGUCACUGGAGAAUGAAUCUAUACGAGUCGGCAUACUUUCAGCUGGAGCUCGCCCGGAAGUUUGUCGUCACGGCUGUCCAUCGCGCCGUGAUCAUCCGGGCCGGCAAGCGAGGCCUCGAGGGCACGGCGCUGUUCAAUAUUCCGCAAGAGAUGCUCUUUUCCCCCGGCGACUACGAUCAGGUUUCCUUCGAAAUGGCUCUCAAUCGAUCUCCGUCGAUCCUCGAUCGGUUCCAGCUCAAUGGCGUUAGCUUACCCAAGCGGCUAUCCGACGAGGCGUCGGUGUCUCCUGGGGAUUCUGCCAGUACCCCCAGUCCACCUCAGAAUCCUGCUCAGGUGCCGGCUGCCACCCGCACCCUCUCGGAGAAGCUUGCCGGUAUGUCGCUGCAGAAUACCCCGAUAGUGCCCCGGCCGCGCUCCCCGGAAAUGGGCAUCAGCCCCAGGCCCCAGCAAUUCCAGACACCCAAAUUCAAAUACGGCUCCUUCUUCGAUGCACUUGAACAGUCGCUGGACUCGCCCGUGACCGACGACUCCGAGUCCACAGAGCAACGAAAUUCGUUCGAAGCCUCUCCAAAAGUUACCGACGACAUGCCCUCUCCGCUCCCGAGUGCCCCGCAAUCUCCAAUCGUCAAUGUGUGGCCGUCACCCGACAAGCCCUCAAAGUUCAGCACAAUCCUGAGGAGUAUCAAGAGAACGCGAAGCGCAAAAGAGCUGCCAGACUAUGUCGACUGCCACAGAGCCAUCCUGGUCGGCACCCUGCAGGUCCGGUACAGCCACAGCGGUGGCUGGAGCAGUCGAUAUUGUGCUCUGAUCGACAACACCCUCUAUAUCCUCAAGUCAAAGAGCGACCCCUUUGUGCUGAGCGCCAUGCCCGUCAACUCGUCGCUCGAACUCACGCCUGGAACAAAUCGUCCGAACUCGUGGAAGGCGCGGCUGGGCGAUGAAUGGUGGCAGUUCUCGGCCAUGGAUCAGAUUGCGUUCAUGAACUGGAUCGGCACGCUGAUAAAGGAGAUCAGUGGCCAGAAAUCGGUGCCAACAAGGACGCUCGUUCCUAUUCGUAAUCCAGAACCCAACCAAGGCCGUGGUCCAAUCGUUCUGAGGAACGCCUAACCCAACACUCGCGCAUCCUUCGCUUGGCCAAGCCAUCGAAUACCUGGAUCCUAGCUCCUCUGUCACGAUCGAGUCCUUCAUUCGAAGAACUUCGUCGCCUUCUCCCCCUCCCUCUUUUCUUCUCCCUCCCCCCCCCCAAAAAAAAAGGCAAACCC